UUUUAUAUUUAUAUAUUGAUUGCAAUCAUACGAUACUAUCGGUUGACUAUCGCUUCGAUUAUUGCGAUCGAUGUGUCCAUUGGUUGUCAAUGUUUGGACUGUUUGUGUGUAUGACUGCUAUGAAUGCUAUGACUUUGUGGUCAAACAGUGACAACAAGUGUCGGUCAUAUCAUAAGUGAUGCCAUUGUUGUCAACAAUGUAUACGUUUGAAGACUAACUCAUUUGAUUCAAUCAUUCACUCAUAAUGUAUAUCAUAUGACAUUUAAUAUGUAUUUAAUGUAUAUUUAAUGUGUGUUUCAAUUGCUAUUAAUAUCCGCAGGAAAAGUGACUCUCAGUUACAGUCAUUUCAAUGAUUACUAUAAUUGUCUUUUAAUACAUUUAUUUGCCUUUAAUUUAAGUGAUAAUCAAAUUAAAAACAAAUAUUUUAUAUCAAAUAAUAACUAAUAUUUCUGACCAAAUAUUUGAUUAAAUUAUUUAAUUAAAAUCAAUUGUAAGCAAUAAUUGUCAACAAAUGGCAGCAAAUUUUGAUCCGUACGACAAAAAUAGUUGGUACUUCGGGCCAAUGAACAGAAGUGAGGCAACAAAUGUGUUGAUGUCUGAGAACGAGACCGGAGUCUUCUUAGUCAGGAAUAGUACGACAAUAGUCGGCGAUCUCGUGCUGUGUGUGAGAGAGGACAAUAAAGUGAGUCAUUAUAUAAUAAACAAAUUACAGUCAAACUCGGAGACCCGCUUCAGGAUCGGUGACCAGAUGUUUCCCGAUGUACCGGCUCUUCUAAACUUUUAUAAACUUCAUUAUUUAGAUACAACACCUCUAAUAAGACCCGCAUCCAAACGAGUGGAAAGGGUUAGAGCUAAAUAUGACUUCGAAGGAAGCGGUGAUUCGGAUGAUCUGCCAUUCAAGAAGAAUGAAGUUUUGGUAAUUAUUUCCAAAGAUGAAGACCAGUGGUGGACAGCUCGCAAUAGUAUAGGCAAAACUGGGUCCAUACCCGUGCCAUACGUUGAAUCAAUAGAUGAUAGCAAUCAUACGACUGAUGGUCAACUAAAUGUAUGGUCUUCUGCAUUGGACAACAACAAUACGAACAAUAGUUGCAAUACUAGUCAUUCAAAUUCUAAUAUGCGAUCAUCGGAACCAAAAACAUAUUUAACUCCUAAUAUUCAUAUUCAACGAAAGUUACCGGCGAUGGCUGUCGUCAACAAACAGAGAAUACCGAAUGCUUACGACAAGACAGCGUUGAAAUUAGAAAAGGGUGAUAUUAUUAAAGUGACCAAAACUAACAUCAAUGGUCAGUGGGAGGGGGAACUCAAUGGAAAGGUGGGUCACUUCCCAUUUACUCACGUGGACUUCAUCGACGAUAAUCUUGACGACGACAAUAACUCUUAAUAUAUAAAUAAUUAUAUUAAGUAAAAAUAAUUUA